GUAUGUCGGUAUUUGUCCCUCCGUAUAAGAGGAGCCUUUAAAGGCUAUCUCUGAUUUCUUCAUGUCCUUCUUGAAUUGUAAUUGUAUUAUCGAGAACCGAGCCCCAACCACAGAAUAAAGAUUUUAUAACGAGCCGCUGAACCAUAUUAUGGAACAAGUCUGAAUGUUUUAUACGUUAGCGCAUUACUUAUUUACUCACAACUCUACUUUCAACGUUAAACAUUGCAAUUACUCUGAAGUUACAACAUUUAUUUUGAUUAUUUGGAUUUUCCGGUUUGCAACAUCAGAAUGAAAACCAAUUGCAACUACGUUUUACAAAAUCAAGUGAUGGCUAGAUCCUGCAAAUGUUCAGUUUCAGUAACUUCUUGUGAUAUUGAGUUAAUUAAAAAGUACCCCGACAAAUUUUUAAGUCUCAUGAUGUCCAUUAUGAGAUGCCAUGAAUUGAAGCAGAACAAAUUUUGGAGUUUUGAGUACAAAAAAAAGUUGAAAUACUUGGUGCUUUAUUGCAAACCCUCAGAAUUUAUUAUAUAUUUAAUUGAACAACUUAAAAUGGCCAAUUUAUUCUACUUUUAUUUUAUUUUUGAUCCACUGGAAAUAAGCAUAUCAACUUGUCAGAAUCAUAAAAUUAAAAUAGACCUUGCAAUCAUCCUGGUUCAAAAUGCUUUUCAGUUUUUGCCAGUAAAAUGUGAUGUCAAUAAUAGCAGAUAUUGUGGUAAUAUUUGCGAUUAUAUUAUACUAACAGGUAUCAAUGUAUUAUCUUUUUUAAAUAAUUUAACAUUUAUUUACUUUGAUUUUGAUGAGCACAAUAAGAUUCCACUCAACUAUAAAAAUAUUAUUGUGUUAAUAGUCAUUUUUGUAUUUGGCAAACUCAUGAUACAUAUAAAAGCAAAUAGAAUUUAUUACAAUGAAAUAUUCAAACAAGUAUUUCGAAUUAUAAACAAAUUUUACAAAAAUCUAGUACAUAUAUUUAAAAUCUUCAAUUACCAAAAAUGUGCUUUUUCAUCAUUGGUACAUAGUCAAAAAUUUUCAUACUUAUAUGAAGAUUUCAAUAGUAACGAAGUCAAUUUAUGUGUCAUGAAUUUCUUUUGGUUUACUUCUUUAAGCAUUGAUAUAGAUAUUCCUUGUGUCUAUAGUCCUGUAUAUAUAAUUUACAAAUAUAUGCAAUUGUCAAUUAAAUUUAUAGAUAUGUCACAAGAUAUCACUACUCUAACUAAAGCUCUUGAUUUGAUUGACUAUGUAUUAAACAAAAAUGAAGUUCAAAUUCCUCAUGAAUUUUUAGACUUAUCAAUUCAUGAUAAUUUGACAGUAAAUCUUUCAAAACUUAUGUCAAACUGUAAAGUACCAGGUAUACUAAAAUAUACUUUAAAAAUUCUUAAGAAGUAUGUUAAUAGUUUUGAAAUCACUGACAGGUUCAAAAUUAUAAAAAGAUGUUUGAAGUUUGAUUACGAGUCUAAAUUCAGAACAUUUAUAAUCACAUUACUUAAAGAUAAUAUAGCACAAGUACUAUCAAAUCAUAAAACUAUCUAUUUAAAUAGUUCCUAUAAUAUUUUACAAAUUUAUUUACCAAUACUAUUACCAUUAAUUUGUGAUAAAAAUAUCAGUAUUAAGAUUAAUAUUUUUGAUAAUCCUGAUUUUACACUUACAAUCUUAAACUUCAUUCUAUUUAUUGCAAUUAAACGUAAAGUUUUUAAUAAAUCUGUUUAUAUUGAUAAUAAUACUGUUGAAUUUUUAAAUCUAAUUGAUUCAAUUAUAAAAGGAAAUAAGCACAAUAUACAAAAUGAAAUAGAUAUUUUAAAAAACGAAAGUAAUUCUGUAGGUGUUGAAAAACAAAUUUUGCAAAUGGAAAACAAACAGAAGUUAUUACAUCAUUAUCAGUGCUUGAAUUUUUGUUUGUUAGUUGAAGAUGUAUUGAUUAGAAUAUACAAUGCCUUAAAUUCAAUUCUAACUAAAUAA